UUUACCCCCAUUGCCAUUCCCUCUUUCCCUCUUAUUUCAAGACUUGCAGUAUUCGCGACAUGUCAGCGUCCUGCGGCAAGCCCACGGCGACUGGUUCACGGCAUACCAGAACAUCAUCUUUUCACCGUCCCAGGCGAGACUUAGAGCGGGAAACCCGCAUCCCUCCAUCACUCAUUCAGUCGCCACACCUUCUCUCGCCACAAAGCAUCUUCCAGAAGAAAACCGUACCGCAGACCCCAUCGCGAGAAGAUGAGGAAUGGCUCAGAGAUACCGUUCCACUCACCUGGGAUUCAUCACGAAGAAAUACAGUGCUGCACCUUGUGGACAGUCGAGUACCACUGGCACACGAGCUUCGCAAGGAUUGGCAGGAGACACGGUCCAUGUCCAUAUCCAUGUCUCACAGCUUGAAUCAGUUUUCAGCUGUUCUUCACGUUCCGCCAUCGCCUCCUGUUGUCCCCUGGACACCCACAAAUACUCACACACCUCCACGCUCAGCACGCAUCCUAUAACAUCGCAUCUCUUGUUGCAUCCGUCAUGUCAAACACGCUUAAAGACACCCACUUUUCCUUUACCAAUCUCUGAAGUGUAUAAACAUCGCAUUUCUUGCUGCAUUCGUCAUGUCAAAGACACUUAAAGACACCACUUUUCUUUACCAAUUUCUGAAGUGUAUAACUUUUCAUUAUCUUAAAUCUCACUUAGGGCAAACCGCAGUAUGAAGGAGUUCGGAUUGUACAAGAAUGCACACUUCAUGUAACGCUGAUGUAUUUUCAGGACAUUGUUGCUCAAGUAACGGACAUUGGUUGUUGCUCGCACAUUUCAUAGACAUACACGAAUUAUAUACAAUAUUGAU